AUGGCAUUAACAGAAGCGACGGUCGCAAGUUUCGAAGACAUGGCAAACUCUUUGACAAACCGAGUUGUAAUAACUAUUUCAGCGACUCUUUCGCUGUUGAGCACCACUGUUAUUUGCAUUACAUAUAUCGCAUGGAAGGAUUACCAAUCAACCUCAAGGAAAAUUCUUGUUUAUAUCUCCGUCGCAGACUUCUUACUUGCCGCGAGUUGUUUAAUUGGAACGUGGGAGCCAGAUCAUGAAUGGGGUGAAAUCAUAUGCAAGAUACAAGCCUGCGUCACCGGUUGCGGUUAUUUAUGGUCGCUUCUCUGGACGACAUUUCUUGCUGUCUACAUGUUCACUACUGUAGCAAAGAAGCAGCGUCGAAAAGCUGAGGUCAUGCUCAAAGUUUUUCAUGUCUUUGGAUGGGGAAUUCCUUUGAUUAUCGUAGGAACCGCUUUAGGAUUGAACAAACUAGGAAAGAACAAAGGCUCUCUAACUUCAGGGUGGUGUUGGAUAGACUCAAGCCUGGAACGCGAUGAUUUGCUCUUAUGGUUGUGGCUGAUGGGAAUAUCCUGGGAUGUUGCUGCUUAUAUACUUGUCUCUGUGUUCUACGUGAUGUUGAAAUGCCACAUUCGGGAUCAGGUAACCUUCAUGUGUUUUUAGAGUUGUCUCGGUGAUAAGAACUACGGUGAUGUUGAUAUUGAUUUUAGUUUACCUAGGAAACUUCGAGUAUACACUGUAGGCGUAUUUCCAUCACAGCGUUCUUAACAAUGUUAUUAUCAAUACUCGAAGAGCAUUUUAAGCAUAAACCGAUUGCAGGAGAUGACAAAAAAGCACCUAUCUGUGGGGAAGUAAGUUAACACAUUACAGUGUGUGGUUUAACAUUGUUGUCUUGAAAUCAGCCAUUAGUUUAAUUUGAAUAAUCACCACUGCCUGCAGUUCCAGCUCUUAAACAAAAAGCUUCAGAUACUGGUGCUAUAUAAAUAGUUACAGCAGCUAAAUCUCGUGACUAUGAGGUGAAUAGGUUUGACGUCAAAAAAGUCACAUGACAAAGUGCUGAUAUUAAAGGAUGCUUGAUUAGGUAUUAGCUGGUAUUGGAUUUUAUUUUUCACUCGCUUCGGUUUUCUUUGUUCUUUGUCAAUUGCCAACUGUCCGAAAAAUUGUCACAAAAUACCUGUUUACAACAGGGAAGAGCGGAGUGGAUACAAACGUUGCUGGUAACGGGAAAGACAGAAAAACGAUAAACUUUUUUAAGCAUUUAACAUCUUAUUUUUAUAUAUAUUUUAAAGACAAUAAAACCCGUUCGAACGUACCCGUGAUAUAAAAGACUCCAGCUAAAACAAUUCAAAACAUUUUGAAUUAAAAAGUGCGUAUUUAUUUGCAGUCAGUAUAAGAGCCUGUGGCCUGUCACUGAAAAGCAGGAGUAGUGUUAGAGGGAUGAUUUUCUCCUGUUUGAUGUCUAGUAAGUGUCUAGCAAGGUCUAGCUAGGUCUUGCUAAUAGCGGGGCUCCCACGCGCGCGAAGCGCGCUUGGGACGGAGCACCAUACUCAUGGAAUAUGGUCAACCUCUUUUCGUUUGGUUGUCACGUGAUUGACCGAGCGUACGUACGCGUCUACAGAUUGUACGGGUGGGGUAGGGGAGACUAUCAAAAGGAAGGGAGGGGUGUCUCAGGCGUGUCUUGGUAAGUCCACAACUUUAAUAUAGGACAUUCACAAUAUGGUCAAUUGACAGCUGUCAAAACAGGAUUCACCUCAUCGAGGUGACGUGAUUUAUUUGGAAACUGUCCGCUGACCAGUUAAUUGUUUUACUAGAUAGCGAACAAUGUUCAAUCUCAUACUUUUCGCUAGCCUGAGACCAUGCCCUCUCCCUAUUCGAUUUACUAACAGUUACCAGCGCCGUACAAACGACUUAUUGACGAGAUCAAGCAAAACUAAAUACGAGAGAACGACUGGAGAACUGACAAUUUGACUAACAAUAGACGACUGUUUAACUGUGACAAUAGACGGAUCGAAACGCACCAAUCACUGAUUACGAGUCUUUAUAGCCAAUAACAUCACGGCUUAACUGACAGACUAUAAUAUAAUAACAUCGCGACGUAAUUGACCAAUCAGAUCAAUAAGCAGAGUAUAAUACCAACAACUGACGUGAUACAACUCACUUUGACUCUGAAGAUGACUACCCCACAGGUUGUCGAAACGUCAGUCACUGUCAACAACAACAGUCCUAUUCAGGACUACGUUCACCCGGACGAUCAAAUUCAACCUACUUUUGAAAGGAUACUGUUGUUGAUUACAUGAAAUUGCUAUAAAUGGUAUUUGUCCUUCAUAAUGGGCAUUUAUUUACCAAAAAUCUAACAAAACUAGGUUAACAGCUAGAAGAUAUGCAGUUUUUAACAAUGGUUGUAUACAUUAUACAUUUAUUACAUAACGUAAUAUAAAUGUCCCAUAUUAAGGCGAGACCUUUGGUCAAAAUGUUUAUGAAAAUGUAGUCUAACCCCACAUAUAGGAACCUGUUGAUUUUUCUUAGAUAAACUGGUUCUUAUAUUUUGAAGUAUUAAAAAGAAAAUUUCUGCCAGCAGGUUCUUAAAUCCCAGGUUCUUCUUCGGAGCGUUUUACUGCAUAUGUCCAGAAAGUGUCUACUCACUGUCUUUCUGCAUUCCAAUUAAGUGCUUAAGUCAGUGUCUAGCUAGCUAGGUAAAAUGGCGUUCCUCCAUACUAUUAACUGUCUUCCUCCACAUCUAAUAAGCGCCUCUCUCAAACAAUAGAAACAAUGGGCUUGCUUAUGCAUGCUCGCUCUAUACCUUUCUGAUUGGCUCAUGUAGAAUGUAUUGCGUUUUCGAAAUAAAAGCGGGCAGUUUUCGAAAGUGCUAUCUUUCUUGCAAGUGCAGUUUGCCAGGAAAAACUUUUGUUCGACUUCGCUUGUUUAAGAAAACAUUUAUUCACUUUUUGAGCAUCAUGGCUUUCGUUAUCAACGUUGAUGAGCUUCCAGCUCUUUUGGACGCCUUUUAGUCGACCCAAGAAUGGGAAUUAUUGCUGGAACCCAUUCUAGUACCAGUGAGUGCAACGUCUAUCAAAAAAAUAGGAAUAAACCCGAGGUGGAUCACCUAGCACCACGAGAAACGGCUUAUGUCCUCUAUUUGUGUAAUAAUCGGCUAUAUAAACAAAACACAUACACAUGCACAAAGUGGAGCUGAAAACUCUCUAUUUCAAUUUUGUCUCACUAUUACAAAAAACAAACAAAAAAUAAUAACUUAACAAGAAUGGAUUGAAACUUGCGGCUAAUAAAACAACGCAAAAAAUACCUUUUUCAAAACUUUACUGAGAAUCAAAAUACACAGCGAUUUGAAAGGAAUGAAAAAUAAAUCCUCUUGUUCUUCGCCCAUGGAGUACUUGUAAUUUCUUAUGCCGAGCUCGUUUCUUCUGUUUGCGGUAAGCAUCAUUAACAUCAUCCAAAUAAUCUACAAAUUGAAUACGACACCUUUUGCACUUUGGGGCUUGUGAUGGGGUAUCUACUGUGGGAGGAGAGGUCAGGAAAGCAGGAUUUAAGUGUGGUGGUGGGGUGGAGCUUUUGUUUUUAGGUUUUUGGAUAAUAGGUGUUACGUUGAAGGGGUUAUGGGGAGUUGAUAAUGGUGCCGUCGCUGUCGAAGAAUCUUGUGUGCUUGAUGCUAAGUAUGGAACAGUGCUGAUCAUUUCUUCUGGUCGUGUUUUUGUAUUUAAUUGUUCUUUAAAAGCCAGGUAUCUGUUUUGCUACUGAAAGUAUCGCUUAGCUUUUUCAUCGUCCCGAAGAUUAUUUCGAGAAAGCACAUCAUCUACGUUGCCUUACAUCUCUUGCCUAGCUGGAAGAAGUGGGACGGCGAAUAAUUUUGCUGCUUUAGAUAUUUUAGAAGCUCUUGAGGAAUAUUUUCUUGAACCCAUGCUUCGUUAUAGCUUUCUUCACUGGGCAGGACGUUUGUUCGCGGUCAACAAUUACCUUGGGCAGUAGUUUUUAGAUCAAUCAGCAGAUAACUAAAAGGUCUGUUUACUGCCUCUUCGUACUGAUUUAAGAAGAAAUCAGUUUGCCCGGGAUGCAUUUACUUGGCCAGAGUCAAGAUUUGCAAUUUGUCUUGUGAAUUCUUAAAUAGCACCAAAUAAUGACUGUUUAGACUUACGCUGCGUCUACCUUUCCCAUGAUGAAAUAGAUUCUGCACGAUAUAAAUCACUCUGUAGCUGCCCUCGAAAAUCGUACUUGGCAUCCGAAGGAGUUUCGUUGUUAUUCACAAGAACAAAAAUACUUUAAUCCUCAGAUCUUCAGUUUAUCUCCAGACAAUCUUUAACUCUCCAGUUCUUUAGAUAACAACUUAGUCUGCCUCGUCUUCCUCUGCCUUGUCCUCUGCCUCUGUAUCUCCUCGUGUUGCUUAGUGAUCGCACCUCUUAUUCCUAUUUUUUAAGGUGACUCGAACCAGUUUUUUUAGGGGGGGACCAAGCUACUUUGAAGCUCUCUGGUAUCCCCACCUUUACUUUUAUCGUAAGUCUAACACAUAGAAUGGAUAACAUAUAGAUCAAUCUACAAUAUAACAUAAAAUUUUUGGCGAUCGGAGUGAAUGUUACGUGGUUAUAAUGCCACGCCCCUUUGAGGUCUGAGUCGAAAAUCUGCUGUUGCCGGCAUUUUUUCUUAAAAAUCUCUCGGCUACACAUAGUGCGCAUUAGUGCCUUGCGCUGAACAGAGUUUCACCAAAAUCGCAAAGACCCAAUUCGAGAAAUUCAGCGGUUUCCAAAUUUAGGCCAUAAUUUAUGCGAAAAUGAUAAGCAAACUUUACACGAUUAUAUCUAAUAAACUAUGAGACUUAUCCCUUUAUUUUGGGAAUCGUUAGGAUAGGAUAAGUGCUUUAUUAUCAACAGAGCGCCUACAGACACAUGUGUUUACAAAGAUAACAAAGAUUUUUGUGCAAUAAUUACAGAGGUGUACAUUUGUAAAAUUUAUACAACUAUUAAACAAGGUUAUAUUUAACGCGUCUAUCUCUUUCGCGGAAGCGAUCAUAUACGUAUUUAGCCACAAUUUUUUGCGUUUUCUCUCCUUGCUUCAUACUUAUCAACGUUGUAAAGGCAGAGCUUGGAGUCAUAGAGUCAAGAAUAAGAUUAGUUUCCUUUUUUAGCGUAUUGAACAGCUCUCUGCUAGGAUCCCUAUAGGCUAUGCAAUUAAUCAAAAAAUGCUCCUCGUCUUCUAAUCCAGUUUUACAUAAUGGACAGAUUCUUUGGUCUGGUGGUUGAUAGGGUUUAACGUAUCGUCCAGUUUCAAUUGCUAGUUUGUGGUUGCUUAAUCUUAGCUUUGUGAUUGCUACUCUAUGAUUGAUGUUUCUUACAUUUGUGAGGUAAUUUUCGUUGUCAUGGGUAAGUUUAAAUUUCCUAAAAGUUCCUAGUUUGUUUUUUUGAUGCGGGUCCUUCCGUUCAUCAUUGUGUAUUUCGCUAAUCCAUGUUUGCUGUUCUAUGUCUAAGAGUCUCUGUCGUAUAUAGUUCAUGAUUGCAGGAGUGUUAGUUUUCGCUGACCAUAUGUCGCCAAGACCUGCGAGAUUUGCUUGCUUACUGCUUAUUUCGAGCGAACUUGAACUCCAUUAACUAGCUUCAUCCAUUCCUUCCGGUUUUCCAUGAUGUUCUUCAGUUCAGCAAUGCUCAAACCAGUAUCAUUUUGUAGCUGGUCUACAUAUGUUAAUGCUGGUCUUCCUCUCUUUCUUGCGCCGUGCUUUGGUUCCCAGAGUAGUAGAUCACUUAUCACCUCAUCCUUUUUUCUCCAACAGUGUCCUAUAAACCGCAGCCUCCUGGUCAUCAGUGUAUCUGUUAUCUUAGGAAGGUUGCCGUACAGUUCUUUGUUGGUUUUAUGCUCCUUCCAGGAAACUCCAAGAACUGCUCUGAGCAUUCUUGUGUACGUACCAUCUAGUCUAUUCCUCAUAUUUCCAGUCAUCGUCCAGCAUUCAGCACCAUAAAGCAGUACACUUUCAACUGUGGCCCGAAAGAAACCUAUUUUGAGAUGACUUUUUAGGUUUGAUUUCCACACUUUCAUCAUUUUGUUCAGUGCACUCCAACCUUGCGAGAUUUAAUACUCGUUUUAAUUUGCUUGACCAAAGUUCCUUUUUAUCUUGACCAAUUUGGUCUGUAAAUGCUAUUCCAGAGAGUUUAUUUUGGUGCUCCGGCUCACAAAAUUUCAGCCAAUAUUUAAUGGCUCUGCACUUUGUCUUCGUUCGCAUUGGGAAACGGCCUACCUCCGAUCUGCACGCAUUUGUUAUAACAGAUGAGUCCUUGCAAGUCAGCAAAAAGCUUUAGGGCCUUGUAAAUGCGCGCGAUUUCGAGCAAAGCAAACAUAUAGAAAUUAUAGUUUUAGCUACUUGUUGACGUUUGUCAGCGUUUAAGAGUCCUUCUCACGAAAAAAGCAUUUUCUUAAAAAUUCGUAUUUUUUUUCCUUCAAAUUUUUUUGAUGGCCACAAUUGAUUAACUAACUACCCGGAUUCUGAAUUUCAUGGUCAUUGAAAAACUGUGACAUUGUCUUCUAUAAGCCCAAACUUGAGUAAACAUUGAAGAUUUUUAGCGUUUGUGCUGAGUUUGAGCUUUGGUAGUUGUCUAUUGUUUCUAGUCUGUCAUGAUACAGCAUUCUUGUUCAGCACGCGUGCAAUGACCGCGCUUGGCUGACUUCCGAAUGCUCACCGAGAUAUGAUAAUUUUGGUACAGUGAGACAGGCCAUCGCGUGAUACAUAGAGGUUUAACUCACAAAUUUUGAUCAAUUCUCGUGCUUCUUGUGCCUUUGCAAAAAAAUAAAGGAGUGCCACACACUAAAUCUACCUACUAAAAAAAUAUCAUUUUUUCAUAGGUUUAAUGCAAGCCAAUAAUUAGACCAACUCGUGACGGGAAUCCGUUCUAUUUUCUCAUACUAAAUUAUCAUAUCUCGGUGUGCAUUCGGAAGUCAGCCAAGCGUGGUCAUUGCACGCGUGCUGAACAAGAAUGCUGUAUAAUGACAGACUAGAAACAAUAGACAACUCCCAAAGCACAAACUCAGCCAAAACGCUAAAAAUCUUCAAUGUUUACUCAAGUUUGGGCUUAUAGAAGAUGAUGUCACAGUUUUUCAAUGACCAUGAAAUUCAGAGCCCAGGUAGUUAGUUAAUCAAUUGUGGCCCUGAAAAAAUUUGAAGGAAAAAAAAAUACGAAUUUUUAAGAAAAUGCUUUUUUCGUGAGAAGGACUCUUAGACGCUGACAAACGUCAACAAAUAGCGAAAACUAUAUUUCUAUAUGUUUGCUUUGCUCGAAAUCGCGCGCAUUUACAAGGCCCUAAAACUUUUUGCUGACUUGCAAGGACCCAUCUGUUAUAACGAUGCCCAAAAUAAAGGGAUGAAUCUCAUAGUUUAUAAGAUAUAAUCGUGUAAAGUUUGCUUAUCAUUUUCGCAUAAAUUAUGGCCUAAAUUUGGAAACCGCUGAAUUUCUUGAAUUGGGUCUUUGCGAUUUUGGUGAUUUUCUGCUCAGCGCAAGGCACUAAUGCGCACUAUGUGUAGCCGAGAGAUUUUCACGAAAAAAUGCCGGCAACAGCAGAUUUUCGACUCAGACCUCAAAGGGGCGUGGCAUUAUAACCACGUAACAUUUACUCCGAUCGCCAAAAAUUUUAUGUCAUAUUGUAGAUUGAUCUAUAUGUUAUCCAUUCUAUGUGUUAGACUUAAGAUAAAAGUAAAGGUGGGGAUACCAGAGACCUUCAAAGAAGCUUGGUACCCCCCUAAAAAAACUGGGUCGAGUCACCUUAAUAGACGUUGCACUCAUUAGGUACUAGAAUGGAGUCUAGCAAUAGUUCCCAUUGUUGGGUCGAAGAACAGGCGUCCAAAAGAGCUGGAAACUUAUCAACGUUGGUAACCAAAGCCAUGAUACUCAAAAAGCGAGUAAAUGUUUUCUCAAACAAGCGAGCUCGAACAAAAGUUUUCCCUAGCAAACUGAACUUGCAAGAAAGAUAGCGCUUUCGAAAACCGGCCGCCUUUAUUUCGAAACCAUAAUAGAUUCUACCUGAGCUAAUCAGGUGGAUAUAGAGCGGACAAGCCUGUUGUUUCUAUUGUAUAAGAGAGACGCUCAUUAGAUGUGGUCGAAGACAGUUUUUAGUAUGGAGGAACGUUGUUUUACCUAGCUAGCUAGACACGGACUAGGCACUUAAUAAGUAUGCAGGUGUGCAGGAAGGCAGUGACCAGACCUUUAUUAGACAAAUGUUUUGCCAAUGAGGCGACGUCAUUCACUAGACCUAGCUAGACCUCUCUAGACACUUACUAGACACUAAACAGGAGUAAAUCAUCCCUCCACCACUACUAUCAGGCGUUUAUCAGGCAUUCAAUUACCGUAGCAGUAGCAUCUGUUGGAAAUUCUUGAGCGAUACGGCCGUUUGCACAUUUGCUUUUUCCGCUCCAGUGACUAUUUCUUUGUUAGGAGUUAUCUGGACUUGAAAGAAAUUAAUAACACCAUUUUUAUAGACUUUUACUUUUUCAGAUUUCUCAUAACAAAAGUCAGUUUCCAUCACAAAAGGCCCAGAACAUCGCCCUGAAAGCCGACAGAAUGUUGGCCUUGGUUCCCUUUACCUUUAUUCUGCUGCGCGUGUGGAGAACACUUCGUUGGAUCUUUGUUUUGUAUAUCGACACUGGAAAAUCUCAAGCGUGGUGGAAUACGGCACUUUUUUAUCUCCAAGUAGGUUUUUUGACAGUUUUUUUCUAAAAUGGUAUAAAUCAUAUCAUAUAUUAUAUAAAAACCAUUUAUACAAACAAUAUGAUCUAACAAGAAAGAGUGGACAGGUAUGGUGGCUCAGCUUGACUACAAUUAGAUCAUUGAUUUUUUUCUUGCAGCUUCCAUAAUCUCUAUUGCCUCAAAAUGGAAUAAUCCACAACACUUCUGUACCUGUUCACUGUCCACUGUCAUUGGUGCGUUUCGAUCCGUCUUUUGUUACAGUUUAACAGUCGCUUAUUGAUAGUCAAGUUGUCGGUUGUCCAGUUAUUCUGUCGUUUUCACUUUUGCUUGAGCCCGUUAAUAAGUCGUUUAUACGGUGCUGGUAAUGGUUGACUAUAUAAUACGUAGUACAUAAAGAAGAGUGCCAGUCCAUUUCUUAGUUUCAGAGGUGGUUCCGAUGUAAGGAAUAGUCGCUGUCGUAACAGGGCUAGAGUUAACGUUGGUCUGAGUGUUGGAGUCGGGGUAACCGUGAGUGGUAGUCUUUGGUAAAAAACGUUCUUAAUUAGGUAGUAAGUUUCGUCUUUUGUCAGGUAAGUCGUAAAAUAGUUGCGCUCGUAUCGUCAAAUUCCGUAUAAUAAUCUGUCGAAAUGUGUUGGUUUUGGCUAUUGUCUGUAAAUGGUGUUCAGCGAUGUGAUUGUUGACGUCGCCAUUUCUCGUCGCUCGUUUGUGUUCGGUCAGCCGCGUGCUAAGGUUUCUGCCGGUUUCACCGUAGUAAGUAGCCUUGCAGUCGCAGCAUUUGAUCUUGUGUACUGCUCCCGGUCUGUCCUCCGGUUUGUCUUUGUCCUUGACAUUAGUAAGAAGUCGAGGUAAAGUGGUUAUCGGUUUGUGUGCAACACGUAUAUUGUACGGUUGUAAGGUUACGGCCCGCAUUUGUUUAACCUGUUCUUAAAUGAUCUUGACGUCGCUCAGUACUGCCAGGAUACUACUAAGUAUGCAGACGACACUUCUAUUCUUGUAACUGUGCGUAAGAAUAGUGUAGAUGAAUCACAAAAGGCACUGAAUGCAUUUUCAGAGUGGACAGAGGUCAAUGGUAUGAGCUGUAACACAAGCAAAUGCAAAGAACUCUAUAUGGCUAAAAAAGGUGUCACACCCAACUUUCCCCCACUAUGUGGCAUAGAACAGAGUGACAGUUUUACUCUGUUAGGUUUCACAUUACAAAACGACUGUAAGUUUUCAUCUCAUGUUAAGGGAAAGCUUCGGGAAGCAAACAAGUGUUUGUACAUUUUAAGAUCACUUAAUACGCACUAAGUACGCACUCAUACGCACUUCCAGUCUAUGGAGCCAGCCAGGUAGAUUUAAACACCGUACAGUGUUAUUUGUCGGUUUCUGUAAAUAGUCGUUCGUAGUCUGGUCUCUGGACGGAGACCGCGCUGCUUAAGGUGCACAAUGACAUUCUGUUAAGCAUGGAUAAACAGAGGGUCACACUGCUGGUCACACUGCUGGUACUUCUCGACCAAAGUCAAUCACCAAUGAAUGAUUUUCCAGUAAUCAGACACUUAGUUAUGCGCACAGGAUUAUGGGAUCGCCAGGGGGCAAACAUUGCAAGUCGCUACAAAGAAAUGUAUGGAGCGGAGGUGUUUCUCCGUUAAAAGCAGUGUCUUUGGACAGAGAAUGCAACAUUUUGCCGUGAUUUUAUGAGAAGCGGAGGUGAUUAAUGUUGGUGCGAAGAAAUUGUAAGUUUUUGUGGGAUCAAUGCGAUGAAAUCUAUCGAUAAACACUGAGUCUUGCGAAAGGUCGACUGUGAAUUUACGGAAUGGUCUCGAAAUAUAUAGUACUAACUUAGGUAUAAAUGACCGGGGAAUGCGGACUCAUUUAAGCCUUUCCAGUUGUACUUACAUGUGCUUAUAUUUACAACGAGUGUAAUUACACUCCGCUCGGCGGCGAUCACAAUGCUGUGCCGGUUUGUGACAACGAUCGAAGGUAAGCUUAUGUAUUGUCGAUUUUGAUAUGUAUUAAAUUUAAAAACAAAAACCUCUUCCGCACAUUAGCAUAUUGAUUUCUUCUCGCCGAAAAAACACAAGCGAAAUGUUUUGUCAUGAUCCAGAGCACCGAUGAGUUCUAAUUCCUUUUUCAAUCAUUUUGAGGGAAGAUAUAGAAUCUCUGAAUUUCGCACAUCAACUUGGUAUUUAUUUUCACACUCACCGCUAUCUUACUCGUUCGCACGAUUUCUGCCUUAUCUACUAAUGGUUAAAUACCAUGUACUUUCCAUGAAAUAUUUUGUAGAUGUCACUUUGUUUAUACCAAAGUAAAGGAGGAUUUUUUCUUUUUAUGGCCACGUACAUAUCUACGAUUGUUGUCUUGUCAUAACCCGCAAAGCGCCGCACAGCGCUGAUCGCGGCCGAGUAUAGUUACACUCGUCGUAAAUAUCACCACACGUAAUUGUACCGUAAACGCUUAAAUGAGCCAAUCCCCCUACAUGUAUACCUAAAUUUGCACUAUAUAUUUAGAGACCUUUCCUUCGAAUUCUUCAUGUCUGUGUAAAUUCAGUAACUCAGCCUCACACAAGGCGUGUUUAUCGAUAGAAUUUAUCGCGUUAAUCACACAGAAACUUGAAAUUUCAACGCACCAACAUUAGUCACCUCCGUUUCUCAUAAAAUCACAGCAAAAUGCGGCAUUCUAUGUCCAAAGACACUGUUUUUAACGGAGAAACAACUCCACGUCAUACAUUUCUUUUAGCGACUCGCAAUGUUUGCCCCCUGGCGAUCCAUGGGUAUCCGAUUACUGGAAAAUCAUUCAUUGACACUGUCAAUGACCGGGUGUUGCUCAAACGAUUAAAAUCUAGCUUUGGAAUAUCUGGGUCUGCACUUAGCCGAUUUAAAUCAUACCUCGAUGGAAGAUCUCAGUGCAUCUGUGUUGAAGGCUGCUGCUCUGGAAAGUUUGAUCUACCUCAUGGUGUCCCUCAAGGUUCAUGCCUUGGCCCCCUAUUGUUUAUUAUCUACGCUAGCAAGUUGUUUGAAAUAGUAAAGGCUCACAUUUCGGAUGUGCACGCCGACGCAGACGUUAAUCGGCUCUAUCUAUCUUUGAAGGCUGUGGAUGCUGUGCAAGAAUGUAUUGAAGACAUUAGAACAUGGAUGGCGGCGGACCAGCGAAAGCUUAAUGAAGGCAAAACCGAGGUCAUUCUAAUUGGUACGCAGCAACAACUUGAUAAAGUGAAUAUUGCACACCUAGAGAUUGGUCAAGCAUCAGUGCCAAUUGUAAGUUCUGCCGUCCUCAACCUUGAUUCGUGGUUUGACGUUAACCUUAAGAUGACAGAACAGAUCAGCAAGACUUGUCAAUCCGUUUACUAUCGCUGCAUAAUAUCAGACAAAUCAGGACGUUCUUGACGCGUACCUCCACUAAAUUGCUUGUACAAGGCGCGAUCAUGGCACGCAUUGAUCAUUGCAACGGUACUUCUCUAUGGUGUACCAGCUGUGCAUCUUUCUAACUUGCAACGUCUUCAGAAUUCCUCUGCGUGACGUAUCUCCCCUACACCCAGGUACUGUCAUGUUACCCCGGUGCUGCUUACACUGCAUUGGGUACCGGUGAAAUCCCGAAUUUGCUAUAAAAUCGCUGUGAUCUCUUUCAAGGCUAUUCACAGUCUGGGGCCUGCGCAUUUAGUUUAUCUCAUACAUACUAAAAGAUGUUCUCUCUAUGAUUUGCAUUUUUCAAGCCGUUUGUCAAUUUUUUUGUGAAUAUUUAAUUAUCUUAGCGCACCGCGGCAAAAAUAGAUCAGGUGACUAAUUAUUUUAAAAACCUAGAAGUUCGUUACGCAACUUACAUUUCAAAAGUGUCACCACAGAUCGCACUUCGAAGCUUACUAGCCGCAUAUGGAACACAAAUUGUAAGUAUAAUAUUUUCCCGUCGCUUCAACCGAAAUCGACAUGUGUAAUAACCUUCUUUGUCAUAUUAAUUUAAUUUUUCAGUUGACUAAACUACUACAAGUGCAAAUAAAUUCCAUGUACGGUCAUGUACGCGAAAAUCAGUUUGUGGUGAAAUCUUCAACAUAAAGUAGCCCUUCAAUCACAGGAGCGAAUCACUCUAUAACCUGCGGAGUAUUGAAGGCGUUAUUUUACAAGACCCUACCGCUAAAUUAAAAUGCACUCUUGGGGACAGAUCAUAUACUGCAGCUGCUCCAAAGAUAUGGAAGGGUUUACCGGACUAUAUUAGGAAAGAGAAUGAUUUUGAUAAGUUUAAGAGACUCAUUUAAGAUGCACUGUUUUAAAGAGGCCUAUAGCGACCUGUCUUAAGCUAUCUUAGGUUUUCAUUUUCUACUCUUAUCUUCUCUUUUUACUUCUUACUUGGUAUGAGUUAUGCUAAAUUACCUAUUACGAGGGAAAUGUAACAAAUGAUUAAGCUUUAGUAUAUAGGGAGUAUGUAAUAAAACUUUUGUUUUAGUCUUACUCGAGUGUUAUGGACAUUUGAUAUUAUCUCCUUGGUGAACUGUAUGUCCGCGUUGUGUCUGUUAAGAUGUUCGUGAAAAUCGUCGAUUCCGUCUUUGUGUGACUAAAGAGGUAUAGUUCGCGUGUGGGUAGCUAAGGCUUGUUUCUCGAUUUUUUGCAUAAGAAUUUCUCUUACGCUCCGUUGACGGCACAUUCACUGCCGUACACAAAGACGGAAUCAACGAUUUUCACGAACACCUUAACACACGAGACGCGGAUAUACAGUUCACCAAGGAGAUCGAAGAAACUGGUAAGAUACCUUUUCUAGACUGUUUGGUCACACGCGACAAAAACAGACCACGAACGACUAUUUACAGAAAACCGACAAAUACCGACCGAUUACUAGACCAGUCAUCGUGCAACCCAACCUCUCACAAGGCUACAACCAUAUGGACUUUGACGAGACGUGCGUAACUAGUUUGCUACUUACCUGACAGCCUACAAUACCAGACUGACUACCUAAACAACGUUUUUAGUAAAAAUAUCAACAACAUGGACGGAACACUCGCAGUAACACUGAUUCCAACACUCAGACCAACAUCAACUCUGGCCCUGUUACGACAGCGACUAUACCGUGCAUCAGAGGCACCUCUGAAACACACGUAUACGCACGUAUACUUCAACCUUACAAUAUACGUGUUGCACACAAACCGAUAAGCACUUUACGUCGACUACCUACUAAUGUCAAGGACAAAGACAAACUGGAGGACAGACAGGGAGCAGCAUACACGAUCAAAUGCUGCGACUGCAAGGCUACCUACUUUGGUGAAACCGGUAGAAACCUUAGUACGCGGCUGACCCAACACCAACGAGCAACGAGAAAUGGCGACGUCAACAAUCACAUUGCUGAACAUCAUUUACAGACGAAACAUCAAAUCGAAUAUGAAUCUGCGACAUGUAUUAGAUAUUCUACAGACUACUAUCAACGACUCACUUUAGAAAGCUGGUUUACUAACAUAGAACAAACGCCACUGAAUCCUAGUCGACAGUUACCAGCACCCUACAAACGACUUAUUGACGAGAUCAAGCAAAACUAACUACGAGAGAACGACUGGACAACUGACAAUUUGACUAACAAUAGACGACUGUUUGACUGUGACAAUAGACGGAUCGAAACGCACCAAUUACAUUGCGAGUCUUCAUAGCCAGUAACAUCACGGCUUAACUGACAGACGACCAAUAACAUCGCGAAGUAAUUGACUAAUCCGGUCAAUAACUCAUUUUGACUCUGACGAUGACUACAGCACAGGUUGUCGAAACGUCAGGCACUGUCAACAACAACAGUCCUAUUCAGGACUACGUUCACCCGGGCGAUCAAACUCAACCUACCUCUGAAGAGGUAAAAGUGUCGUCAACGUAGCGUAAACCAAGGAGGUUAAAAAGGCCACGCAGAUAUACAGAAAAGUCUAUAGUCCGUUAAAUUUCAGACCUCAGCAGACAGGUGGUUGAAAGCUGAGGCAGCUUAGUCCUUAAAAGUGUUGCUUUCUUAGAAACUCAGAUAGUUGGGGCUUUUGAAGAUCGUAAGUUGUAGAUUCAAAUAAUCUGGAAAGCUGGUGUCGUAAAACGCGCGGUACUGAUUAGCUGACCUAUUAACACAUUUGUCAGCUUACUCUGUGUAGCACAAAUAAGGUUGUCGGUAUAAGUUGUUUACGUUUGCCUAGUCGUUGUUGUAAGUUGUUGUCGUAGUAGUUGAGUCGACAGUCGUUUAUCUGAGCUCGGAUCGAUCGUCUACAAGGUGGAAGAUUUGAAUAGCGUCUUGCGUGCUCAGCGGCGACUUAAUUCUAAGUCCUUUACAAGGCCGCGAUCUUUGCAGCGGUGAGGGCCUCUCAGGGGGGUGCAUGUUCCCUUGUUCGCUAUAAAAAUUUACAUUUGUUCUCUUGUUCCUCAAAAAUAAAUUAAGGUGUUCCCCAAGUUCACUUUAACUGAGUUCCCAUGUUCCCAGAAAUUGCACUCCCUUUUUGAUCCCCAAAAAUAUUCCUCACUGUUCCCCACGCUUUCUCUCAUAUUUCGUUGUCAUUUUCAUUUUCGCCUGUUGGAAAGAGGCUAUCUUGCCACUAUUUUAAGAAAGCACCUCUCUAAGGUAAAAUUUGCCGUUAUUUUGUCAAUAUUUACGUAUUGCGGCUAAAAUAGUCUUGGAUGGUCAGAGUCCCGCAAACACAUGACCCGGUCCAUUGAGAAACGAAGCCUCGAAAUCAUUUCCCCGAAAUGCAGCCAAAAGACCUGUGAUCUUUGAUUUGUAAUAAUUUACAACUUUUUGCAAAAGAAAGGGUGCUGUUUUGUAUUUGAAGGCCUCCUAAGAAUGGAACUGCAUGUUUCCCGUUUAGGAAUUAUUUUCAACGAUUUCACCAGACACGUAAUGCUUUAAACACUAGAAACAAUGGGAAAGCAGCAAAACUGCCUAAGGUGACACUUUAUGGAUGGAUUUUGCGCCCCUUAGUUUUUAUUGUUUUUAGGUGCCUCGACUAUUUAAUUCACUGCCAUUAAGUUUAAGAAACAUUAAUUGUAAAGUUUUAUUCAGGAAAACCUUGGACGAUUUUUACUUGUAACUUUCAUUGUAGUUUUAAACGGUUUUUUAGCUUAGCGCAUGUUUGCUUUUUUAUAUAUUUUGGAUAUUCUUUAGUACUGUACAGUACCGAAAAUGAUCCCCAACCGCAAAUGAUCCCGAGACCGCAAAUGAUCCCCAAAAUGGGCCGCAAAUGAUCCUCGACCGCAAGUGAUCCCCAACGUUGACCGCAAAUGUUCCCGUGAAAACUUAAGGAAUGGAAUGGAUUUUAUGGGACUGAUUACAAAAAAGGACUGAUUAUAAAGAAGGAACCUUUUUCUUGCGCCUUUUCAAGAAAAAGGGAGGGAGGACGCUACAUCUCAGGUCAAUUUAUACAAGGCGAAAAAAAAAAAGUAGAAUAAGUCUGAAAAGGAUAUGGUAUCAAUCGUAUACUUCUUCCUUUGUCAAUUGCUUCAAUUUUCUUUCAAGAACUGCUUCGUCGCUGAAAAUUUAAGACAGGCAGGACGUUACGCAGAAAAAACUCUAUUAUUUUAACGCCCAAGCUCAACUUGUCUACUGAGGAAUACAAAGCCGGACACCCUCUACCUAACAAGAGCUUUAUUGACUUUACUGAUCUUUUUAGAAGUGUCGAGUUAAUUUUCAGAGUAUUUAGUUUUGAUUUUUCUCUGAAGUGUUAAUUUUACGUGAUAAACAGCAAGACAAUGGUUCGUAACUUAGGAGUGCCCCAGGCGUGGGGGUGCCCGUUACGAAACAAGACCUGAUUUUUGAAAUAUACCACGUCAAAAUGCCCCCGAACUUAUCAAUGUCCACAGGUUUCGGUUUAUUUCGAAAAAGCAACUUGCUUACAGCUCAUGAACAUGUUGCGAAUAGUUAUAUUGACGCUUUUAUGUAUAUCCAUUUGCCUUUGCUGGACACAGUUACCAGGAAUCUAAACCUGGUAAUGAAGAAACGCGAAAGCGAGGCAAGCGGUAGUUAUCGCGUGACAAGACAUCGUAGGAACCGUCACAUUCACACUAAAAGAAAGUCGCCUAUAAUUAUUCGGAUCCAUGAGGCACUUUAAAGAAAAUCAAACAACCUAAAACCCUUAUUUAGCCGCAAUGAAGAGCAUUGCAUUUCUAAAGAGGUCAAACGAAAUGCUCUUGCAUUAAAGGACAAAUCAUGCCGACCAGACUGCAAAAUAACCGCAGAAAAUGCGUGUCAUGACCUCUCAGUAUGAAAUAAGCGGCAAAAAUCACAUUUGCUCAGUCAAAACGUUUUCCCUCAGAGGUAUAAUCUACCCGCCAGAGAAAAAAUUCAUUGGAACAAGCAGCAUUUUGGCAUGAGGUAAAAGUCGUGUGUUGCCUACCGACCUCGUUUUUACACUUGAAUGAUUUUUUUCAUUUAGUUUUUAUUCGUGUAUUUAUUUAAGAACUAAAAUUUAGCGUUUAAUCUUACUUUUUGUAAUAAUAAUAAAAUCGACACGAUGAUCCGCUAACUCGAGUCUAAGCCAUUCCUAUUUUUCUUUCGGGAUCAUUUGCGGUCGACUUUUGGGAUCACUUGCGGUCGAGGAUCAUUUGCGGUCCAUUUUGGGGGUGAUUUGCGGUCUCGGGGUCAUUUGCAGUUGGGGAUCUUCUUUCUACUUGUAAGUUUUUAGGAAAUCAAUGUUCCCUUGUUAACCUUUAUAACUCAACAGUUCCCUUGUUCCCUAGAAGUAAAUGGCCGUGUUCCCUUGUUCCCUAAAACCCCUGGAAGGCCCUCAGCGGUGGUUGAAACAGAGCUGUUAUAUUCGUCUGACGUUAAUUAUGUACUGAAUAGUCGUUUGCAAGUCGUUCCCACUGUUAUCCAAAAGAAGUUAGUGAACGUAAAAUUGAGAAAGGUUUGAACCCAGAAGCCAUUCAUACGUAGGUGGAGCAAGAUCUCUGGGUGAGCGUAGACCUGAAUAGGACUAUUGUUUACAGGUCCAUAACUGGCAUUUGGAGUGAUAAAGGAUCUGUCAUUCUGGUUUAAUUCCUCUUGGAGGCUGUUUUUCAGUUACUUUUGCGCAUUCCACUGGAUUCAAAAACUGGUAUUCGUGUCCCUUUGGAUUAAUUUACCAUCGGUAAUUUCUUGUUUUGUUCUCUCAGGGUUUUGGAGACUGCAGUCAAGGGUUUGCCAAUUUCUUGCUGUUUUGCGUAAUCACUGAACAGUUCAAGACUCGCCUUCGCGGUGCCGCCAAGAAACUUGUUGUUUGCUGUCUUUAUUCAAGAAAAUGGAAAUUACAAGAUAACAGUAAAUGUGCUAGUGAAAAAACGCCAACGAUUCAAAGUCAGUCCCAAGUGGAGAGGUGCCGUCACAAUUACGAAACCUUCUAGUUAUGUAUUGUAAAAUUUAAUGCUUAUCAAGACCGUUUACAAUAUGAUCGUCACUUCAAAACGGUAAUUGCUUUUUUCAUAAUAUCAGUAAAUCAGGUUUCUUCAGACAACAACUGACUUCUCCCA